UUAAUUUUACCUCAUCUACAAGAAAAGCAUUUUAGUCCCAAAUCUUUUCUUAUAUUUCCCCAUUCUUAGCUUCCAUAAUCUCAUAAAUUAAACCCAAAUAUUUUUCUUUAUAUCACUUUCAUUUAACUCUAUCUAUACUAUUACUUUCCUUUGUACACUACCUCCCUACUUCUAUAGUGCUCUACACUUAUGGUUUCCAAUUUUUCUCUCUUUAAUUCCCUUGAUCAUUAUAUGAUAUCAACCCUAAAAGUAUUUUCCUUUUCUAACAAUCCUUAACUUUUUCUAACUCAUCUAAAUCAAGUUUUAAUAAAAGAGCUUAAUCAAUCAAUUUGUGAUCUUCAUAAUAUCAACUAUGAGAUCACAAGGUUGUACUAUUCAACAAGCCCUAACACCGGAGGCGGCCACGGUGGUGAAACAAGCGGUGGCCCUUGCGAAACGCAGGGGCCACGCGCAAGUCACGCCACUACACGUGGCACACACCAUGUUGGCUGCGCCAUCGGGCCUUCUCCGGGCCGCCUGCCUACAAUCUCACUCUCAUCCUCUUCAAUGCCGAGCUUUAGAGCUUUGCUUCAACGUGGCCUUAAACCGCCUUCCUACAUCCACCUCUGGCCCGAUUCUCGGCCCACACACAUCCCAUCAUCACCCAACCAUCGCAAACGCGCUUGUGGCCGCCUUUAAACGGGCUCAAGCCCAUCAAAGAAGGGGCUCCAUAGAAAAUCAGCAACAACCUCUUUUAGCAGUGAAGAUUGAGCUAGAGCAGCUUAUAAUCUCUAUAUUAGAUGAUCCUAGUGUUAGUAGGGUUAUGAGAGAAGCCGGGUUUUCAAGCACCUUAGUUAAAGGGAAAGUCGAGCAAGCUGUUUCCAUGGAAGCUCCGAGUAACAAUAACAAUAACAACAACAAUAGCGACAACAAAAUAAAAGAUACAAAUAAUAAUAAUCAUCUAACUAAUAACACUAAUAAUAAUAGUAUUAGUAUUAUUACUACUACUAAUAAUAAUAAUAAUAAUAAUUUUCUAUGUAUGUCUCAAAUAGGAUCAUUAAAAGUGGGAAAACCAAGAUUAUGUGAAGAAGGAGAAGUAAGAGAUGAAGAUAUGAUGAUUGUUAUUGAGAGUUUAGUAAACAAGAGAAAAAGAAAUAGUGUUGUAGUUGGAGAAUGUCUUACAAGCUUAGAAAGUUUAGUAAGAGGAGUAAUGGAUAAAGUGGAGAAAGGAGAAGUUCCUGAAAUUCUAAAAGAGGUAAAAUUUAUUCAUCUUUCAUUUUCAUGUUUUGGGCAUCUUUCAAGAGAUGAUGUUGAGCAAAGAAUUGCUGAAUUGAAGUGUCUUGUUAAGACAUGUUGUAUGGGAGAAAAUAAAGGGGUGAUUUUAUAUUUAGAUGAUCUUAAAUGGGUUAAUGAGUUUAGGGCAAGUAAUAUUAAUAUUUUGGUUGAUCAACAACAAGCUAGAAGGAGUUAUUAUUGUCCUAUUGAGCAUAUGAUUAUGGAGAUUGGGAAAAUGGUGUUGUGUUAUGGUAGUGAUCACUAUAAUGGAAAGAUGUGGCUUCUUGGAAUUGCAACAUUUCAGACUUAUAUGAGAUGUAGAAGUGGACAAUCAUCAUCACUUGAGACACUUUGGGGUCUUCAUGCUAUCACUAUUCCUGCUGGAAGCUUAGGCCUUAGUCUUGUGCCUGAAAGUGAUUCACAAAGUCCAUUGACAUGCAAGAAGGUGGAUACAAAUAGAGGUAGUUGGUUGAUGUUAGAAAGCAGUGGCGUAGGUGGUGGAGGAGGCGCCGUGAAUAUGGAGGUCGAAAGUCGGCAAGGUAGCACUUGUAAUAGCGACUCCACUAAUUCAAGUCUUCCUUCAUGGCUCCAACAACACAAAGAUGAGAAUAGCAAGAGAGAAAGUAGUAUUAGCAACAAUGAUCAGGAGUCUUUACCAGUCAAAGAUCUUUGCAAAAGAUGGGGCUCAAUUUGCACUACUUCCUCACCAUCAUUUGAAAGAGCCUUAAGUUUUUCUUCCAUAUCACCUUCUUCAUUUACCUCAAACUUUUCAUAUGAUCCUCAUCACUCAAAACAACAAAUCACCCACCAAAGUUUUGAACCUAAAAACUUUUGGGUCACUCAUGAAACCUUAAACAAAACCCAUGAACUAACAACAUUUACAAUGUCCAUGUCUUCAUCACCCCUUCAAGAUCAAAGAAAACAAGCCACAUCCUCACCAUUCAUAUCCUCAAACCCUAAUUCAACCCCAACAUCAACUUCCUCAAGUGAGAUCAUGGAUCCUUUGGAAUCAAAAUGCCUUAGAUUCAAGGAUUAUGAUGCAGAGAAUCUCAAGGCUCUUUGUGAUGCACUCGAGCUCGAAGUUCCUCACCAGAAAGACAUAAUCUUGGAUAUAGCAAGCACAAUAUUGCAUUGUAGGGCAAGAAAGUCCAAAAGAAAAGGCAAUGAACAAGGAAACAAAGAAGAUACAUGGUUGUUCUUCCAAGGAAAUGAUAUUGAAUCUAAGGAGAAGAUUGCAAGGGAAUUGGCAAGACUUGUAUUUGGUUCACAAGACAAGUUCAUUUCCUUAGGCCUUAGUAGCUUUUCUUCCACAAGAGGAGUAACGGAUAACUCUUUGGAAGAUUCUAGAAACAAGAGGCUAAGAGAUGAACAAAGUUGUAGUUACAUUGAAAGAUUUGCUGAGGUGGUAUCUAGGGAUUCACAUAGGGUUUUCUUUGUUGAGGAUAUUGAACAAGUGGAUUAUUGCUCUCAAAUGGGGAUUAAAAAAGCCAUUGAAAGAGGUAAAAUCUCUAAGCAUUCAAGUGGGGAAGAGGUUAGUUUUGGUGAUGCAAUUAUCAUAUUAAGUUGUGAAAAGUUUAGCUCAAGAUCAAGGGCUUGUUCCCCUUCAACAAAGCACAAGGUUGACAUUAUGCCUCAAGAAGACAAUCAUAAGGGAGAUAAUAAUGGUGAUGAUUUAAGUACUAGUCCUAGUAUCUCCUUGGAUUUGAAUCUUUCAAUAAAUGAUGAUGAUGAGAAGGAAAAUAAUGAGGUUGGAAGUCAAUCUAUGGAUGAGAUUGGGCUCCUAGCAUCGGUAGAUAAAUGUAUUGUCUUCAAAAAGAAGCGAGAGUUUUGAUUAUGAAUUUUGAUCAUCGUCAAGUAUGCUACUUGGUGGACGCAUAUACCUAUGUCAGACACGAAUACAUGUUAGAGUGUCCGAUUACUUAUCAAGGUCUUAUCUAUUCAUGUCCAGUGUCAAGGGUCUAACACCAAUACUUGAAUUGAAUUAUCAAGGCAACAUAGACCUUUAUGAGUGGAAGAAAUUUAGUUUUAUCAUAUAAUACCUCAUUUUAGGUUUUUUUUUUCUUUGUUAUUUUGGGGUUUUUUUUUUAAGGUUAUAAUGUCUUUGCACAUCUUGCAUCACUAGCUAGAAACGGUAAGAAAUUAAUUUCUCGUAAAGAAAGGGAAAAAAAUUUACCCGAAGGUACUAUGUACUAGUACUACUUGUAAAUAUAAGUUACUAUCUUAAGAGAAAGCAUUUACGGUUC